AUGGUUAACACUGGGAUUGCCCAUCUUCACACCCGCACCGGAGCAGGGCUGGGAACGCCAGCGUGGCCAGGGAAAGAGAAGGUUUUCACCAAUUCUUCCAGCAAUUAUUCGCUGAAUUUCACCUCCAGUAAUCGAUUUGAAGCCCUCAGCUCGCCACCUGCUUCAGUGCCUCGGACAGAGAAUCAGGAGAGCGCCCGGGUCUUGGAUAUUUCCAAGCGGUUUCCCACGGCUCUGAGCAAACACGGGGACGUCAGCACCGUGGUCAUUCACACGGGGGGGUGGCGACGGAUCCUGGACGGACAGCGGACGACGAGGGACCAAGAUGCAGCGACCCAGACGGACGGCUGCGACGGAACGGAGGAACACAAGCGGCCCAUCUUUCCUUCAGGCUGUGCCCCCAUGCCACAGGAGGUUUCUGUGCUCAGCUGGCAGCAGGUGGUCUUAAUUCCACCCCUUUCUUGUGGAGCGCUGGUGAGAUUUGAGCAGCACUGCCAAGCUUUGCACAGAGCAAACAGGAUGUUUGCUUACACCUUCUCACAGCCACGUUUUGACAGCGCGAAGCUGGUGGAGUUGAAGCUCCAACACAAGACCAUCUGUGAGGGGCUGGAGUCUGAGCACUGGUGGGUGCUCAGCAACGAUUUCUAUCAUUUGUUCCCGGAGCUUCCUCCUCAGCACUUCGCUACUGUGGCUGCUGUGACCUGCAUCAAGCGCUUUGGAACAUCGAUCAGCGAGGCGUCCAUCUACCUUCGCACUGAAUCAGUGGAGACAUCACUGCAGAAUGUUACUCUGCAAACCAAAGUGUCGAAGACACUGAAGAUGGUGUCCAUUGGUUCAGAUGGCUGUUUCAGGACUCAUCGGUCCAGCAACACACGGAUCCUUGAGACGCCGUCACCAUUCAUGGUUUCCAGCAAACCAAGAGGACCCCCACCAGGCUUCUAAUCACAGACACUCUGCAC